AUGAAGAUUCGUUUGGUUGUAUACACUGGCGGAAAGUGGGAAAUCGUUAACGGAAAGUUGGAGUAUGUUGCUGAUGCUGAUUCAAGUAGACGUGGUUUAGAAAUUGAACCCAACCUUUCAUACACCGCUCUUUUAAGUAAACUGUCAAACAUUUGGUUUGGUGUUGGAUCAUCUGGUUUUUCAAGUCCAAAAAAAUUUUUAGUUCCUGAUUUAAAUUUCUGUACUGAUGAAGAAAAUUAUGAUGUUGUAAACGACUCCCAACCAAAUCCUGAUAAUUCUUUCGAAAAUUGUUCGCGAUCUUCAUCAAUUACUUUUGAACCAGGUCACGUAUUUAAUAACAAAGAAGACAUGAAACUUGAAUUGGGAAAAAAAUGUUUGUUAGAACACUUUGAGUUUAAAAGUUUUAACGAUAAACACACGUGCUCGAAGACGCUAACGUACCCACAUGUUCGUCAGGCAAACCCACAUGUUGUUGCUCAUUAUUUAAAAGAACCUUUAAAAGACAGUGGAAGAAUAUAUCGUUGUAAUGAAAUAGUGAAAGAUUUUAGACAGAGAUUCCAAGUUGAGAUAACCACUAGUCAAGCUUGGCGUGGAAAAAGUCUGGCACUAGAGCUUUUACAAGGAUCAAGCAGAGAGUCGUUCGCAGAACUACCACUUUACUGUUACAAUCUUGAGCGGGCAAAUCCUGGUUCUGUUACACAUAUCAAGACUGAUCACGAGCGUCGGUUUGAGAUGGUCUUUGUCGCGAUUGGUGCUGCGAUUCGUACCUUUAUAUGCAAUUUAAGACCGGUGGUGAUCAUUGAUGCUGCACACCUAAAGGGUGAAUUUAAAGGGACGUUAUUUUUAGCUGUUGGGAUGGAUGGAAACAACCAAAUUUUACCAAUUUCCUACGGAAUAGGAAAAUCAGAGGAUGGUGAAUGUUGGACAUGGUUUCUGUCAAAGCUUAAAGAAUGUAUCGGUGAAAUACCUGAAAUGGCCAUAAUUUCGGAUAGAGCGAAUUCUAUACAUCUGGCUGUUAGAAACGUCUUUCCACAUGUUUAUCAUGGGUUAUGUUGUCGUCAUUUAAUGAUGAACCUACGUUUACCCUCUGAUAAAAAAAAAGAAAAUGAGAAGUUGUGGUGGAAGACAUGCAAAUCGUACCGAUUGUCUGAUUUAACGAGUCAUUUAAUGCUCUUUGUCUUGCCGUUCCUAGAGUGCGACACACUCUAA